AUGUCAAAGCAGCAGUGCUAUUGGUGUGCACAGUUCGUGUUUGCCAGAAGGUCAGGAAAUUUCGAGAAGUCCGUGCUAUAAUAUCCUCGACGGAGAAGGCCGUGUGACUUAGUUGGAUGUGUGGAUCGAUAGUGCUGUAAAAUUUGUGCUCAAGUGAAGCUAUUUCUCAGUAAUUAGUUGUUCGCAUAGUGUCAGUGCAAUAAGCAAGAGCUUGGUUAUUUUCACCGUCCUGCAAAUAUGGUGAAAGAGACCACGUAUUACGACGUCUUAGGUGUAAAACCAAAUUGUACGCUUGAUGAACUAAAGAAAGCGUACAGGAAGUUAGCCUUAAAGUACCAUCCCGACAAGAACCCAAAUGAGGGUGAAAAGUUCAAACAGAUUUCUCAAGCGUACGAGGUCCUAUCAAAUCCAGAGAAGCGGCGGAUUUAUGACCAAGGUGGUGAGCAAGCCUUAAAAGAGGGAGGUGGCAAUGGCUUCUCAGCACCUAUGGAUAUUUUCGAUAUGUUCUUUGGUCAAGCAUUUGGUGCCCGCGGUCGUGGACGUGCACGUGAGCGUCGUGGAAAGGAUGUUAUUCAUCAGUUGAGCGUUUCUUUGGAGGAACUGUACAAAGGAGCUGUUCGCAAACUUGCACUGCAGAAAAAUGUUAUCUGUGACAAGUGUGAAGGCCGAGGUGGCAAGAAGGGAGCAGUAGAGACGUGCCCAGCAUGUCAUGGCAAUGGUAUGCAGGUGCACAUCCAGCAGCUGGGGCCUGGCAUGAUCCAGCAAAUCCAGUCGAUGUGUUCAGAGUGCCGCGGGCAGGGGGAGCGGAUCAAUCCCAAGGACCGGUGUAAGCAGUGCCAGGGCAAGAAGACAAUCCGUGACAGAAAAAUUCUAGAGGUUCAUGUAGAUAAAGGCAUGGUUGAUGGUCAGAAAAUAGUUUUCGGUGGUGAAGGAGAUCAGGAACCUGGGUUAGAGCCAGGUGACAUCAUCAUAGUUCUGGAUGAGAAAGAGCAUGAAAUGUUCAAGCGAUCUGGAUGUGAUCUCAUAAUGAGAAUGAAUAUUGAGCUAGUGGAAUCGUUGUGUGGAUUCCAGAGAGUUAUAAGGACAUUAGAUGAUAGGGACUUAGUUAUUACUUGCAUCCCAGGUGAAGUUACCAAGCAUGGUGAUGUCAAGUGCAUUAUGAACGAGGGAAUGCCUCAGUACAAGAACCCAUUUGAGAAGGGACGUCUUAUUAUUCAGUUCCUUGUGAAUUUUCCAGCGACUAUUCCACCGGAAGUUAUACCACAGUUGGAAAACUGCCUGCCACCAAGACCAGAAUCCAUGAUACCUGAUGGAGCAGAAGAGUGCUUGCUGAUGGAAAUGGACCCAGAGCAGGAAGCACGGCGGCGUGAGUAUAAGAAUGCGUACGAUGAAGAUGAGUCGGGCACUGGUCCCAGUCGGGUUCAGUGUGCUACACAUUAAUGGUGCACAUUGUCGGACUUGCUCUUAAAUUUAUUCUGUGGGAGCCUCAGCUAAUGUUAUGUGGCUGUCCUUUUCCAAUUCUUGUCUUUUACUGGAGCACUUGGCAUGUGCAGAUGUAUCAUUCUGACACUGUUCUCAAUGUUGCAACUUGUUCUAUUCAUUGCCCAGGUUCCAUCGUCUGUUUAAUUUACAGUAUAGAUUGUGAAAGAACUUUGUAUACAAUCAGUUCCUGUACAUCAUUGUUGACUUAAUUAAAAUUAAGAAACCAGAAUUCAUAGUUACACUCCUACUUUUUAGUAAUUCAGAUUGACCAUGCACCUGUUGGAAAAAUAGAAAAAUUUAGUUGUUUAUGCAGUUCCCAUUUUAUGGGUGUGUGCAACAUAAAUUAUCAGUAUUAUAGGUGUAGUGUAAGGAUAACAGGAAGAAAUCAUUGAAUGUGAUCUCAACCUUGCCACAACUGCUUUAUCUGUACGUGCUUCAUAUUAUAACUAUGAAUAUUGCACUAUUAUUUGUUGCUUUAUUUUGUGUAACUAUGAGUCUUCUGAGAAUUUCAGUUGAAUGAAAUAUUUGUCAGAAAGUGCUAAAUCAUGUAGUUGACAAUAUGAUUUUGGUAAAUUUAUUUUAUUCUCAUUAGGCUCUGUCACGGAGUACCAGUUUUAAAUGACAAUUUAGUAUAAGACACAAAUUUCCCUUCUGCCUAAAAUUUGCAGAAAUGUGAACAUUCAUAGAUAAUGAAUUUGCAGUUGCUGUUUAUACCAAUUCUGCUGGAGGUAAUUAUUAAAUUUGCUACUGGCACUGUUGUGAAUUACAACAAAUACAAAAUGUUAGGUGCUCUGGAGUAAUCAUGGACUGCUGUUAAUAAACAAUUUUCAAAUUGUGAAAUGAGCAAGUCUCAGUAAUUAAAGCAAGUGUGAAGUGUGAUAUUUAUGCCUUGUGGACUCUGAGAAUAUUCAGUUUUCUAAUGUGAAUGUUUUCUGAUGCCAUCUGGUGUCUUAUCAAGCUAUUCCAUGUAUGUGUUAAGUAAAGAGAGAACUUUUGUUAUACAGUGACAUAAUUUAUUUUUCCUAUGUUUAGUCAGUUAUUUCUGCAAAUUUGUUGCAUUCCACAAAACAAUGGUACAGCUGCAUUUCUGCAGAUUUACUCAGAGAUCAGUUGCCUGAGUUUUUGAAAGCUUUAUUUGUAAUUUUUAACAACUGUUUGUUUCUAAGAGUUUGUAAGUGUACUAUUUAAUAUGUGCUUUCCAAUUAUUAAAUAAAUACAAUGAUCAAA